CUGAAAUUGCGUUCGUUCCUGUGACGACGGACUUUGAACCGGGUCCUGUUGAUCCUAUCCAACUUCCCAGUAUCCCAUCCACUCUCAUCUCAGUGCAUUCUCUUCCAACCUUUCCUACGCCUCCUCUAGAACAAUGGGCAAGCGCAAGGCGAUCAAGAAGCUCCUCAAGCCCACCGCGCCCACGCCGGUGUAUGAGUACGAAGACGUCGCAAUCGAGGACCUCGUCGUGCUGUCCGAUGACGAGUCAAGUGCGCCUGUCCAGCCCACCGCGCCCGCUGCCUCGUCAUCUGCCCCCCCACCCGUAGCAUCUACUGGCUCAGCCACGGCCGGGAACGGUAUCGCAACGCCUUCCGCGUCUGAAAGCGACGCGGACGGGUUGCGCGACACGAUUAGGGAGAAACUCGGGGGGAAGAAGAGCAGCAAACAACGCUUUGCUGAACGUCAGGCUCGUAAGCAACAAGCGCUUCUCGACUCUGCCCCGCCCCAAGACCCCGCGUGGAACGCGCAGCUCGAGAAGGAGCGCCAGGAGGAGAUUACAGUGAUCAGCGACGCGUGUGGUGUCCUCGGGCGUGAAAUCCACGAGAUCCAGCCCGACGGCCACUGCAUGUACUCUGCAGUCGCGGACCAGCUGGGCCUUCUGGGCAUCCUGGCCCCGCAGGAGGCCGACAACCCGUACACGACGCGCCAUGCCGCGGCAAAGUACAUGCGGGAGCACAAGGACGACUUCCUCCCCUUCCUUCCCAGCGUGGACGGCGAGGACAUGCCCGGCGCGACCGACGACGGGAUCAUGAACGACGCGCAGUUCGAAGAGUACUGCCACCGCGUGGAGGAGACGGGCGAGUGGGGCGGCGAGCCAGAAAUCCAGGCGCUGUCGCGCGCCUUCAACGUGCCAAUUCACGUCAUCCAGCGCGGGCCGCCCACCGUCGUGUCGCAUGGAGGGAGCGAGGAUGCUUUCGGCGGAGCGAUGGACGCCAAGGCGAGCGCGGCCGCCGGCGAGCGCAUCGUGCGCAUCACGUACCACCGCAGGAUGUACGGGCUUGGCGAGCACUAUAACUCGCUCCGUCCUGCGAAGGCGACGUAGCGCAGAGGUCGCAGACGUCCUGGCCAGUGAUCCAGGAGACGCCGUAUCAGAGAGCUUCGCGUAGACAGCAUCUAGACGUUACAUGCAUACACCCCUGCAGCCUGGA